AAUAUUUAUUGGGUUACUGGGAUGCAUACAUUUUUAAAAACAAUUUAACAACCUUUGAGAGUUAUCGAAGAAGGACUGAACCUACGACUUUUUGUCUAGUGAAGGGGGCUCUGUCUGCAUUGUUGCCAUGUUUCUUGUUGGUCUAACAGGAGGGAUAGCAACUGGUAAGAGUGCUGUCUCACUUAUGUUACAGCAGCUACAAAUUGAAGAUAUUUUUAUUGAUGCUGACAAAAUUGCUCGGGAAGUGGUAGAACCAGGUAAACCAGCAUGGAGAAAUAUUGUCAAAAGUUUUGGAGAAGACAUUCUUCUUCCAACUGGUGAAAUAAACAGAAAUAUGUUGGGAGAUGUUGUUUUCUCUGAUCCACAAAAACGAAGAUUACUCAACAGCUGUACACAUCCUGCUAUCCGUAAAGCAAUCUUGUGGAAAAUAUUAAAAAUGUUUUUAGAAGGACGUCGGUUUGCUGUUUUGGAAGUCCCAUUAUUGUUUGAGUCUGGCGUUUUUGCACCGUUCAUGAACAAGAUAAUAGUUGCCUAUUGUGACCAAGACACCCAGCUUCGCCGAUUAAUGGAAAGAAAUGAUUAUACGAGAGAGCAAGCUGAACAAAGGAUGGCCUCGCAGAUGCCGUUGGAUGAAAAGUGUCAAUUGGCAACUCAUGUGGUGGAUAAUUCAGGUACCACAGCCGAAACCUUCCUGCAGGUAGAAGCCAUUCACAAAGAAUUGAAUAGUUCUUGGGCCUUUUUGCCUCUCAGGAUUGCAUUCGCAAUAGUUUUAGGCGGUAUUGGUUUUCUUUGUUAUUGGGUCAUUCAGAAGAUCCUGUGAGGCCCUGAUACCGUACUAUACAGUGUGAGUCAAAAAAACGUAUGCUAUUCAUGCACGAUUAGAAUGCAUUAAGUUUACUCACCCUGCGAAAAGACAAAGAGACUUUCGCUAUUGUGGAUGAUAGUAUGAGAAUUGUAAACGAUGUUUUGUCAAAACAGAACUCGCAAAACAGUUCUUUUGAUUUUAAGAACGAUUAGUGAUCAAUAUUUGAACAAUUUU